AUGAGAGCUUCGAGUGGCUGGACUGAAGGGUUCCUGCAUUCUGCCGUUUACAGGUCUGUUGCAAGCUAUUUUCUGUCAUCCUCUCCCCGCCCCAUGCUGAUUGUGAAACACUGGAUUGCAUCACGGAUCUCCCUACAUUGUAAGGACAAUAAUGCUAGAUUGCAUUACAUGGCUGCCAUUAUUAUUAUUAUUAGUAGUAGAUUUAUUUAUUUAGUUAUUUAUUUUCCGCCUUUUUCCCUGGUGGGACUCAAGGUGCCUUGCAACUAAAAUACGAAACAGCUGAAAGCAUAUAUUCCUGCAGUAGGAAUUUUAAACAAUAAGAUUAUUGUGGGUCACCUUCUAAAUUAAUUUGAGUGGGUCUCCCUUUGAGUAGAACUGGUCUCUCUGACCCCCUUUUGCAAGUCAGGAAUAACAAUACUUGCCACCUACACGGCAGGGUUGUUGUGAAACACACUCAAGACUCAUCCACAAAAUCUACUGAAGGAAGCAUUUGCAGCACAGAUUUUUCUCACAUUAAGACCUUUCAGUAUGAACUGUCUUUGCUUGAAGAGAGGGUAGAAAAUGCCUCUGCUAAAUCACUGCAAGAAAAUAGUCCUGGGUUUCUUAGUUUCUGCUUUUCAGCAGCUAUCAGUAUUCCAACUCUUACCUUCUAAUAGCAAGAGUUCUAUUAAAACACCUAAGAAACAACAACCCCAAGAAGAAAAUCCAAAGUUUCCUCUGCACAUCUGUUUGCAGGGUAAACACAAGUAUGUAGUAUGCCAAGUGGAGUAAUAUGCAAUAUCUCAUGCAUUUUGGUAUGUUUUCAUCUCACCUCCUUGCAGCUGUUGCUUCCAUUUACCAUUUUCGUUAAAUAGUGUGAAGCAGAAUUGCUGUGCAGAUUUAAAUGAAGUUGAAUUGUGUCAACAGCUGUUGGCUGUAUGUACUAAUCUAGGCUCCUCCUUAAAAGAAAUCUAGCCAGAGUGCUCUGAAUAUGAGAUUUAAGAGAACACAGAUCACUCUCAAAAGUUCAGGGGUGUGGCCUGGGAGAGGGCAUUCUUUGUGGCAGCCUCCAAGUUGUGGAAUUCCACACCCCUGGUGGGUCUGGCUUCCUCACUAGAUUCCUGGCCUUUAACAACUGACAUUGUGUGUUUUCAGGCCAUUCCUAUUCUUGUGAUUAUAAUCUGUUUCAGCUGUUUUUAAUUUGUUGUAACCUGCUCAGACCUUCUGAUGAAUGGUGGGUAGUACAUCUGGUGGUGGUGGUGGUAGUAGUAGUAGUAGUAGUAGUAAUAAUAAUAAUAAUAAUAAUAAUAAUAGCAGCCUUGAAUUGGGCAGAGGGCUUGGAUUUCAGGCUUAAAAAGUCAGGUGGAGCCAUGCAGAUACCAACCAAAAGAGCCAUUCAGCAGCAAGGAACAGCAGUUCACCAUCCAGAUAUUGUUUGGCUUCAAGACCAUAUCUUGCUCUUCAAAUGAUAGCUGGGAUCCCAGUGUAACACCUGUCAAAGCAACUCCCCAUGCCCCCAGCAUCCAAUUAAAUUUAAAAAUAAAAUGAAGUUACUAAUAUACAUGUUUUUGUUGUUUAGAUGAAGGGAGUAAGCUCCUUUUUUUAGGGGGGAAAUUUACUGGGGGGUUUCUCUGUUGCAAGGGGAGUGUACAGUAAUGGGAACAGCUUUAUUUCUGUUAAAUAAAUCAUGACAUGGUGUAAUAUGUCAAGUUGUUCAUCUGAGGUUGUAUUUACUUAAUUUUAAGAACCUGCUAAGGAGUUGAUUGUUAUUAUACCAUUAUGUAAAACCACAGAAUCCAAAGAGGGGGUGCUUUCUUUUUCCCACGACUGUAUGUGUUUAGCCUUUUUUUAAAAAGGGGGGGGGCGGAUUCUAAGCAUCUUAUUUUUCUUCUAUGAAAUGCGAGUUCUUGUGAUCAUGAGCUUCUUAGAUUUUCUUAGACACCCCAAGAGUGUUGAGAUCCAUAGAUCAGAAAUAGACAAUAGCAGUUUAACACCAUUCUGAAAUCAUGGAAAUAAUCCACUAACCACACCUUCAAAUUUGCCUGACUGGCUUUUGCUAGGUAGAGUAGGAAGAACAGCUUGGACCCUAGACUAUCAGGAGUCAAGGAAAUGCUGCUCUUCUUUCCCCAGACAGGGCAUAGUCAGUGGUAGGAGGGUAGCUUACCUGGCAGGUAAGAAUGGAUUGAAAAUGGACUUGGGUAGGUUUGUCUGUUUCUUCUGUUCUGGAGGCUGUUAUGUUGUUCUCUACUUUCCGUGUUUUUUCUGUUGGACACUUUUCUAAGUAAGCUACACAGCAAGGGACCUAUACUCUGUAGACCCGUGACCAUGUCCCAGCACUGAGGGAGGGUGCUCUCUCCCAGUCAGGGCAUGGCAGAUACCUGAUUUGCGUAAGUCCUGUUUUCUGAAGUGGGAAGAGAAACCCAGACAACCCUUACCACUGUAGAAAAGGAACUCCUCACUGGUAAGACCAACCCCCCCUUUUUUUGUCUGGUUCCCAACUUCCACCUAGUAGAACACCUGCCAUUGCAACUCAAGAGAUACUUGCUGAGACUGAGAACCAUUUUUUAAAGUACAUCAUGCCGCAUAACUAGAAAAAAAGCUGGAAAAGCUAUUUGCCUGUUGUCAUGGCUAGUUAAAAACAAAUUUUAGUGAAAAUAUUGCAGAUUCCAACAAAAUUCUAGAAUUCAUUCCCCAAGGACUACAUUUCAGGUUAACAGUUCUGACUGGAGAGGUGCUGUUAUCAGGUUUCUCAUCCUAUUUAAUAAUGAACUGAGGAUGAUACCAAAGAAGGCUGCAGAACCACAGGUGUGUGCAAAGUUCAAUAAAUGGUUAACACUUGAAUGUGAAAGCUUCUGAAAACACAAAUAGCAUUUUUGGGAAAGUGGGCCUUGGAUUCAGUUCCGAUAGCACUAAUCUGUUUUUCAGAUUAAAAUUGUAUCCCUCCCCUCAGCAGCUAUUGCAAAAAAGAAAAAAAGGAAGUGUAUUUUUGUUUGCAUCUCCUUAGAAACUUAAGAAAUGUGCACACAGAUUGGAAUGAAACAACAAAUUCAGUUUUGUAUUUUGCAAUAGAAUUCAUUUACUUUAAUAGGCACCAUCAUUCUCAAUGUGAUUUUACAUUCCAGAAAAAAAUAUAAAGAAAAAUAAAAUGGAGUUUGGGGAAUGGAUGGUGUUGCAAAACUGAAUGAUUUGUAAACUACAUACAAAGCCCACAUUUUUACAAAAGUAAAAACAGCAGUGCCAUAUAGUGUUAGUUUAUAUCACAGGUUUAAACAUUUCUGCUGAUUUCAUCUUGCAUUUUCUGCACAUAGCAGAAUUUACAAAUUAAAUUUUUUAUUUGCUUAACAAAAUUUAUAUACUGCUUCAUUGUUGUGAAAAGAGAGAGGAAGAAACCUCUUAAGUUUUUUUUUCUAUUUUAAAACACCUCAAAAAUUACCAUAUUACAUCAGACCAAAUGUCUUUCUUGUACAAAGGUCUCUCUGGCUCAAUCUGCACAUUACAUUUUAAACCAUCGUUAAAAAGAGUAUGGUUUAAUGUAAAGCUGCAGAGUGCUGGUAUAUGCUACUCCAAAGUCCCCGUGCUCCUGUCGUACAGCAGAUGAGCCAGGGUCUGCAUUGUGUUUGUUUAGCUCCAAACAAUUACCAGGGUUUGUUCUUAACUUAUUGCUCAUGAUUUGUUUAGAGACAAACCAACCACAAGUCCAGCUCUGGACAGGACAACACAAGCUUAUUUUUUUCUAUGACGUAGCUGGGGGGGGGGGAGUGCUGUGGGAACUUUGAGCAAUGGGAACAUUGAGGUGACAUUAAGCCUCUGUCUGCAGCAGAUUAAAGUAAGCAAACAAAUACUUUAUGUUUGUAAAUGUUUUCUAUUAUAACAUAGGGCAAUUGUCAGUAAAAACCAACAACUCAACGAACAUAUAACAAAAAGAAGAGUUAAAAAUACAGCGGUAAAGUUAAACAGGAAAAGCCUGGGUAAAUAAAAAGGCUAACUGACAUUCCACAAAGUGGAGGUUUGAUGGGCCUCUUUAGGGCAUUAUAGUUGUUUUAUUUUCAAUUCUAUUCCUUAUAUUACCAAAUGGAAUAUAAAAAAUGAUUUGGCUGAGUGAGCAGCCUUAACUUUGUGUCUGCUGCCUGUCAGCAGUAGUGCAUGAUUCAAAAUACUGGUGCUAUUUUGGUUUUACACAGUACAUUUCCAUACUAUUUUUUACUGCUAAGAAUUUGGACAACAUUCAUUCAAAACUUUUGUAUUCCCAUGUUGUCUCCCCCCCCCCCCAAAGUAUUUGUUUGUCAUAGUUUUUUUUUUAAAAAAUUCUCUUGCAGUUGCAGCAUAGUUGUUUCUGGUACAAACCGACUACAGUGCUUCUCUCAUUUGAUGCAGAGGAAUGGUCAGUGACAUGUCUAGUCCACCAUCAAGUACCGUAUUGGCCUGAAUAUAAGCCACACGUUUUUCCAAUUUCAGACCCUGAGCAGUUAAAAGUGCGGCUUACAUUCGCAACUUUUUACCAUACGGUGCCUAGUUGCGUGGGGGUGGGGGGAGUGGCACGCCCACCUCCCAGGUAGCUGACAGCGCACACUCCCUAGAUGUUUGGCAGUGGGGGGAGCGGUGUGCUCACCUCCCAGUUGGUUGGUGGCACACGCUCCCUAGCUGCUGGGGGGGGAGGAGUGGUGUGCCUGCCUCCCAGCUGGGGGGGGGGGGAGCGUGUCAGGCCAACCAGCUAGGGAGCGUGCGGCAUAUAUGCGGGCCAAUAUGGUAUUACCUGCCUCAAGCCAUUUUCUUCAAAGUCUAUCCAAUCUGUGAGUGAAACUGGCUUGUCCAGCAUUAAAUAUAUAUUUAUUAUGCAUAUAAUAAUGGAAAUGAUAUUGAAAGGAGGGGGUGCAUGAAACGAGGUAGUCAAAACAAGGUGGAAAUAAUAAUAAGCCUCAAGGAAUAAUCUAGCCCCAAUGUUUGCGUAUUAACAUUUUUUACAGUUCUAGUAAUAGGGCUGGAUUAGCUGAACACUUUGAAGUCUAUAGCCAGAAUAACAGUGCUAUCAUCUCCAACUACUCCAGCUAGAGGAUUUAGACAGUGAAGCCCACAGAUAUCUACUGCAAUGGAACUUACAGAUAGUUACUGCAAUAUCUGCCCACACAAGAGACACAAAACCAAUAGUCAUAUCAUUGUUUCAAAGGCAUCUCUUCAUAGAGCUUUUUCAGCUGAGAGCAUCUUUAAACCACACUCUGCAUAUGCAUUGCAGUUGCUUUUCCCCCUACAUCAUAACCGAUUUCAAAUGGUGCUAGACAAAAACUAAGACUCUGAACACCAAGAGAAAUCGGUCAGCCUGUGUAAGAGAUGUUUUUUCCAGUUCCAUAUUGGCUGUUAAGAGUACUUGCAAGUUGUUCAGAUCAUAGCCUAUGAAACUUUGAACAAUGGUCGUAUUAGUCAAUGCAUCUUAUUAGUCAAUGCAAUACUAGGUAUUUACUUUGAAAGAGUUUGGAAGAAGCUGGCCUAAAAAAAUAUAGUUAUAGUACUACUGCUCAAUAAAUGUUAUGUUCCUAAUUAUAUGACUUAUCACCAUCAACAUUCAAAUAGCCAAAAGUAAAAUAUAAAUUUCUCACAUUACUAUUGGUACUUAAGCAUGCACUAAUUUGAAGCAAAAAGAAGGAUGUUAUAUUCAAAAUUUCCUCACUUUUAUAUUUUUAUGGAAUAACCAUUGAAGUUGCAUACAACCGUGUUUUUAGUGUGAAAGCUGAUGGAAUUCAAAUAACUAUGGCAGGAAAAUGAAAGGUGGUGAAAUUAAUGCAAAUAAAAUAAUGUAAAUUGAAUUGUAAUUGUAAAUGUAAUUGUAAAUCCUUUCUAGAUUAGAGAAGUGGCAGUGGUCCUGAAUAGCACGGACCAAUGUAGAUUGAACAGAGAAAUGGCAAAAAGUUAGCCAUAUUUUAUGGCGUAUAGCUGUAAUGCUGCAAUCUGACAGCUAGCCAGAAGUUGGCUGAGGAUUCUUCAGAGUGUUCAUAACUGCUGCUCCACCAGCAGGGCAGCACAUAUACCCCCAGAAGAGUCCCCAGUACACCUGUGGAAAGCUCUGCAUAGAUUUACUGCUUUUGAUGGGGUGGGAAAGGGUUGACCAGGUGUCUUUGGAUCCCAACCCCCUUCAUAGGAAGUUCCACCAUAGAUGCUUCCCCCAAGCCCAAUUUCUUUGCAUGUCUCACUAAGUGCAGUGGGCUCUCCAUUUGCAGCUUUCACUGCUGCAUGCAAGCAGUAGAAUGGCAUCCAUUCUGUACUACAAUGCAUUUUCUUGUACUCUAGGCAUAACUUAAGCUACAUCUUUAAACAUGAUCUCUUACUGAGACACAGAGAAAGACAUGUGAAUGUUACAAAAUUAAAUCUGGUGACUACUGUGCUCUUGUUUCCUGUUCUUCUCUGGAUCCAGUGCUGUAAUUCUUGCUCCUAGAACACUGAUUUCAAAUGGUGCUAGAUACAAAGAUGGGAAAAUCUAAGCCACCAUGUGAAACCAGCUUCCAGAGGAAGACACACUCUUGUGCUGGUACCAUCUUCAGAAUCCAAGCACUGUAAAGAAAGUUGCUCUUCAAGUUUCCUAGAAGGAAAUGCCUAUUUUUUGGUUUAGCAUGUGCUCUACUUUCACUGUAAUAAAACAAAUGCUGAAAAUAUGAACAUAAAUGUAUGCCAACAUUCUAUUAUGCAUAAAACCUGAAGAAUCCAGAAUAUUUUAUAAGGUAAAUAUGCUAGCAUUUGAAAGCAAGAAAAAGAUACUCCAAAACAUUUUAUCCAUUAAAGUUUUCAUUUUCUUCUUUACCUAUUUAUAUAGUAAGAAAAGAAGAUCUGUUAUUUUACAUAGCUUAAUGUUAAUGGAUGGCUAUGUUUCUUACUUGCAUUAAACCUUAUCUUAUUAACUUAACAGUCUGGCCAUUUUAGCUAAUCACUGAAGUCAAUGGAGCAAGUAAACUACAUCACAAUUAAGUCCUCAUUACUACCCCUUUUGAGGAGAGGCAAGGAAAGUCCCAAGUAAUUCCCCCAUUUUUGGAACACUUGAUUUCCUCCACCCACUUCCCCUACUGUACCAAAUGUCUUGUGAUCCUUUCACUGGUUUUACCCUUUGCCAUAUCUACUAAUACUUAUUUUUUGCAGUUUUUCUAUGAGGGGUGUUCUUUUUACUUUUUAUUGCUGGUGAUAUUUUACCUAAUCUUAGUCCCUGCUCAAUCUCAUUUCCUAAUACUAUUGCUGUCCAAUGACACUCACUGGCAUAUUUUGGCUUUAACUGCCAUUCAGCAGUAAACGAAACAAUUAUUUUUCACAGUUUUAAUCCUAGUUUCUGUCAUUGUUUGCCCUUACUGAGACAGGUAACUCUUCAUUUGAGUUACUUCUACCACUCUUUAGUUAAUCUGCUUGCCCUUUUCCCACUCAUCUCAUGUUACAGAGCAUGGUCGUGCUUAUAGUUCCUUUUUUUCCCUUACCAGUUUCAUAUUCUCUCCCCCCUCCCCCCGCUUCUCAUUUCUUUAUGAAUUUCAAAGUUUGUGGUACUCAUAUCUUUCCAUAUUCUAUUCUCUGCAUUACUCUUGUUCUUUGGCUCAUAGCUAAUUCCUUCCCCUCUCUUAUUCUUGGACCUUUUAAUUCUCAUAUUGAUUAUUUUGCUUAUUCUUCUCUUCGCCAUUCUCUGUAUCUUCUUGAUACAAAUGUUCUUAAUUACUCCAAAAGUGGCAAAUUACUCUGCCGAUCAGGGCAGAAAUUCUUACAUCUUGCCAUGCUACUUCAGGAAGCCAGUUUUGUUGGGUGUGACUGGCCUGCCUCCUCCUCUUAUAACAUAGUGCUAGCCACUGAAGCCCAAGAGGCAAGAAAUGAUGCAGCUUCAAGCAGAAAGGGUUGAUGCUUUCUUCCCCCAUUAACUGCCCUAUCAUAUUCUGUUCUCACUUUACAGGGUCAGGAGACUUGAGAGAACCAGGUACAAGACUUGCAGAGAACAUCGAGGGCCUGAGAACAUGUUCCCUUUAUCCUUUGACCCUGGGAAAGAACAGCUUGUGAAGGACAGAAAGAAAUCAGGGCACACAGAGCAACCAAUGAGGAAAUAG